AUGCUCUCACGUGUUGCUGCAGUCAAGGCACCCCGCACACACAACCGUCGCCGCGUGACCGGAUCCCGCGGAAGGAGGAGGGAAGGAGGAGAGAGCGAGCCGCAGAGGCCCAACAUGUCCCGGCGUUUGUUUACUUCCGCGGUGCUGCUCCUCCCCGUCGUGAUGAUGUGCUGCGGCAGUGGAGCUGCACAUGUUGUUGUGGAGGAGCAGUCAGUGGCAGAUCCGAAUUUUGAAUGGAAGGGCAUCCCUAAGGAUGUAACUGUGGAGUCUUUGGGUGUUCCCGGCCUUUUGAAAGUGGGGAGUGACGUAUUUGCCGUUGCCGAGGCACAGUGCAAAAAGAGUGGUGAAAACAAUGUUUUUACUGGCAUUGCAUCCCAAAUUAUCACGACACAAACCGCCAAUACACCGGUGGAAGUUCUGAAGGAUUCCAAAGAUAAGACACAAUUUCUGGAAGAUGGUUCCGAAGAUCCAAGGAAGAAAGUGGAUGUGAGCCGACCAACAACAGUUAUGAAGAGAAAUGAUAUUUACAUGCUUGUUGGGAAAUACAGCCGGACAGCUGCUGGUGAGAAGAGCGGAGCAAAUGAUGGGGGAUUGUUGCUGGUGAAAGGGGAAGUCAUUGAUGAAAGUGACGGUGGCAAAAGAAUCAAAUGGAAAGAUAAUGACGAUGUCUCGCGGGCAUCUGUUGGCGAACUAGAAUCGUGGACAGGGAUGACUGGCGGCGGUGGAUCGGGUGUCAAGAUGGAGGACGGUACGCUUUUGUUCCCAGUGGAAGGCGCUAAGAAGAAGGGUGAAGCACAAAACGAUGAAAAGGCCGUUUCUCUGAUCAUUCACUCCUUGAAGGAUACUAAGAGUUGGAAGCUUUCGAAUUGGAUGUCUGACGGUGGCUGCAGUGAUCCCUCCGUCGUGGAGUGGAAGGACAAACUCAUGAUGAUGACUGCGUGUGAUGAUGGCCGCCGCAGGGUGUACGAGUCCGCUGACAAGGGGGAUUCGUGGACGGAGGCACUCGGGACACUCUCGCGCGUGUGGGGCAACAAAAAGGGCGUUAGAAGCGGGUUCAUCACAGCGACAAUUGACGGUGUUGAAGAUAACAGAAACGUGAUGCUCGUUACUCUGCCGGUGUAUGCUAAUAAGGCUGAUAAAGAAGUAAAUGUAAAGGGCAGACUCCAUCUUUGGCUGACGGACAAUACGCACAUUGUUGAUAUUGGGCCGGUAUCCGGUGAUGCUGUUGCGGCCAGCUCCCUGUUGUACAAAAGCAGUAAAAGUGGUAAUGAGAAGGAGGAGUUGAUUGCACUGUACGAGAAGAAGGACGAAGGGGAUACGCCAUCACUCGGUAUGGUCUCUGUGCGUCUGACUGAGCAGCUGCAGCGGGUGAAGGAUGUGUUGGCGACCUGGAAGGAAGUGGACGAACGCGUCUCUCAGCUGUGUGCCACUUUACUUGCUCAGAAGGAUCCCUCAGCUGACACUGCCUGCGGCGCUGAUAAGAUCACGGAUGGGCUGGUUGGUUUUUUGUCCGGCAGCUUCUCUUAUAACACAUGGAGGGACGAGUACCUUGGGGUGGACGCCACAGUAAAGGGUGGCGCAGCAAAGGCAGCAAAGACUUCCGAUGGCGUGACCUUCCGGGGAGCGUGGGCGGAGUGGCCCGUUGGCGAGCAGGGGGAGAAUCAGCUGUACCACUUUGCGAACUACAACUUCACUCUUGUGGCGACGGUGUCCAUCGACAAGGUGCCGGAGGAGGGAGAUACUCCCAUUCCCGUGAUGGGUGUGAAGAGGAUGAAAGGUGAUAAGAGUACUGUACUUCUGGGGCUGUCGUACAACAACAGAGAAAAGAAGUUGGAACUUUUGUCCAGUGGCGGGAAGGCGUCGGAGCUCAGCAGCAAUUGGGAGCCAGGGAAAACACACCAAGUGGCCAUCGUGCUACGGAACGGCAACCAGGGCUUUGUGUACGUCGAUGGUAGGCGUGUGGAAGGUGCGCCAUUAGAUUUGAAGGAUAAAUGUUCGAAAGGGAUAUCACACUUCUACAUUGGAGGGGAUGGAGACAGCGCGGGGAGCCGAGAAGGCGUGUCCGUGACGGUGACGAACGUCCUGCUGUACAACCGCCCGUUGAGUGACAUUGAGCUUACUGUGCUUAACACAAUCAAACUUUCUAUUCCACAAACAGCGGAAGAAGGAGAAACGGAUGAAGGUACCGCUCUUGACGGUGGAGCACACGGUGAUGCCAGCAAUCAUUGCGGAAGCGAACUGCUGCCAUCGCUGCUUCUGCUUCUGUUGGGACUGUGGUGGUUUGCGGCUCUGUGA